AUGGGGUCAUACCGGGCCAUGCAGAACUGCAGCCUACUCACCGAGUCCGUACGGACGGCGUGCCCAGCUCCUGUUCAGUCGGCGCCCCUCCUGUGUCCCCCCGCCCAUUUGGACAGCGUGCCCCGCUCCUGUUCAGUCGCCCAUCGUCACCCCCCCCCCCCCUCCUGUGUAUCCCGGCCCGUUAGCUCCUGUUCAGUCGGCGCCCCUCCUGAGUCCGCCCGCCCGUUUGGAAGGCGUCCCCGCUCCUGUUUAGUCGGCGCCCCUCCUGUGCCCGCCCGCCCGUUUGGACGGCGUGCCCAGCUCCUGUUCAGUCGGCGCCCCUCCCGUGUCCCCCCGCCCGUAAGCUCCUGUUCAGUCGGCGCCCCUCCUGAGUCCCCCCGCCCGUUUGGACGGCGUGCCCCGCUCCUGUUCAGUCGGCGCCCCUCCCGUGUCCCCCCGCCUGUCAGCUCCAGCUCAGUCGGCGUCCCUCCCGUGUUCCCCCGCCCGUCAGCUCCUGUUCAGUCGGCGCCCCUCCUGAGUCCGCCCGCCCGUUUGGACGGCGCGCCCCGCUCCAGCUCAGUCGGCGCCCCUCCUGAGUCCGCCCGCCCGUUUGGACGGCGUGCCCAGCUCCAUGUUGAAGCGGUUCUGCACGAUGUGCACGGAGCUCAGGUCCUGGUGCGACAGGUUCAGCUGCACGGGCGUGCUGGACGGCCGCAGGACAAACUCUUCUGA